AAAUUUGUUAAUGCUUUGUGUCUAUCAGUGUUAUAAUGGUAGAUGAGGCUCAUGAAAGGUCCAUUUCGACUGAUAUCUUAUUGGGUCUCCUGAAAAAGAUCCAACGACGUAGACCUGAGUUGCGUCUGAUAAUCUCCUCUGCUACAAUUGAAGCCAAAUCAAUGUCUGAUUUCUUCUGCAACAGCAAGCGACAUCAGGGGCAAGGAGGUGAAGAACAUGUACCAAGACCAGAGCCUGCUAUUCUAUCAGUUGAAGGUAGAGGGUUUAAUGUACAAGUUCAUUAUCUUGAAGAACCUGUUUCUGACUAUCUGCAAGCUGCUGUUUCAACUGUCUUGUUGAUCCAUGAUCAGGAACCUAUGGGCGAUAUUCUGGUAUUCCUCACCGGUCAAGAUGAUAUUGAUGCUGCUGUUCAGUUGCUGACAGAAGAAAUACACAAUCAAAGAAAGCAGUCCUCAAGGUUGAUCAUCCUGCCUUUGUACUCGGGACUUCCACGUGCAGAGCAGGACCUUGUGUUUUCUCCCACACCUAGUCGACAGAGGAAGGUUAUAAUAUCAACUAAUAUUGCUGAAACAUCAUUGACGUUGGAGGGAAUUGUUUAUGUUGUUGAUAGUGGGUUUUCAAAACAACGCUUCUAUAAUCCGAUUUCAGAUAUUGAAAAUUUAGUAGUGGCACCAAUAUCGAAGGCUUCUGCCAGACAAAGGGCUGGUAGAGCUGGAAGAGUACGUCCUGGGAAAUGUUAUAGGCUAUAUACAGAAGAGUACUUUGUGAAGGAAAUGCCUGCUGAAGGAAUCCCAGAGAUGCAGAGAUCAAAUCUUGUUCCUUGUGUAAUUCACUUAAAGGCCUUAGGCAUAGAUAAUAUUUUAGGCUUUGAUUGGCCUGCAAGUCCGUCGCCAGAAGCAAUGAUUAGAGCACUGGAAGUUCUCUAUGCACUCGGGAUCCUUGAUGAUGAUGCAAAGCUUACUUCACCCACUGGAUUUCAAGUGGCGGAGUUUCCAUUAGAUCCAAUGAUCUCAAAAAUGAUUUUAUCUGCAAAUCAACUGGGUUGUCCAGAGGAAAUUAUCACCAUUGCAGCAACUCUGUCUGUUCAGUCUAUCUGGGUUUCUAUUAGGGGAGCACAAAAAGAGUUGGAUGAAGCCAAGCUGCGAUUUGCUGCUGCUGAGGGUGAUCUUGUGACAUACCUGAAUGUAUAUAAAGGUUUUCUUCAGUCUGGUAAAUCUUCUCAGUGGUGUCAUAAAAACUUUAUUAAUUACCAAGCAAUGAAGAAGGUUAUUGAAAUUAGAGAGCAACUCCGCAGGAUAGCACAAAGGCUAGGUAUAGUAUCAAAAUCAUGUGAUAGGGAAACAGAGGUACUGAGGAAGGCAGUUACUGCUGGAAUGUUUGCUAAUGCAUGUCGUUUGGAAACAUUCAGUCAGAGUGGGAUGUACAAGACUAUCAGGACUUCUCAAGAAGUUUAUAUCCAUCCAUCGUCUGUGCUGUUCAGGGUAAAUCCGAAGUGGAUUAUCUACCAUUCUCUUGUCUCCACUGAUCGGCAGUAUUUGCGCAAUGUAACUGCUAUUGAUCCUUCAUGGUUAAUAGAGGCUGCUCCUCACUUUUAUCAGCACCAGAUGGUCAAUUCUAUUGCUCACUGACUCCAUUGAAGGGGAGGAGAGCAAAGCCAUUUGACGAAAAGAUUUAAAUGACGACAGACCGGUAUUUGGGCCUAACAGGGAACUGCAACUUUGUGGGUCAAGAAAAGAUGCAGUGGAAUAAUCCUUGCCGAAAACGUGCUUCAGGCUUGGUUACAAUAUAAAUUAUACAGAGAGCUGUUGUUGGUUUAUCAAGAAGAAAAAAUGCAACAUGAGUAUAUAGACAAGCAAAUGUUAGAAUAGGUCAUUAUUUCCUUUAAAACAUACUGUCUCAAAGCAUCCUGGGUUUUCAUUGUUU